AUGCCUCGCAUCCGCAAAAAGACAAGCAAGCGCGGUUCGACCAACCAGCGCGAGAAAAUUAAGCACAAGGCGGCCGAGACCAAUAAGAAGAGGAAGAAGGAGGCAAAGAAAAACCCGCAAUGGAAAAGCAAACAUGAGAAAGAUCCUGGCAUUCCGAACAACUUCCCUUACAAGGACCAGAUUCUAGCUGAAAUUGCGGAAGAGCGCAGACGGGGCGCAGAGGAGAAGGAAAAGAGGAAACAGGAGAAGAAGGGUCUGAAAGCGCAGGGAGAUGAGGAAGCUGGUCAGGACGCUGCGGAGGCUGAGGGAAGCUUCGACGGUGUGAGGACACUCAGCGGAAGUAGGAAAGAGCAGACCGAACGACGGGUCGUCCCAUCUGCUGUUGAGGUCGAAGAGGAUACACCUAUGCUCCUGGAUCCCCAGCUGCCUGAUUUGAAGUCCGUGCUGGACAGUGCAGAUGCCGUCCUUCAAGUUUUGGACUCUCGUGAUCCAUUACGCUGCAGAAGCUCGCACGUUGAUGAGCUUUCGGACGGGAAGAAGACAGCUCUUGUCCUUAAUAAAAUCGAUGCAUGCCCUCGAGAGGCGGUAUCAUCUUGGGUGCAGUCGCUCCGAGGCCAGCAUCCUACUGUGCUAUUCCGUUCUGCCUCCGCCUUCCUACCAUCGACCGCUGAGGACGUUGGCAAAGGAAAGGAAAAGGAGCGCGCGGACGAUGCGUGGGGAGUAAAAUCCGUCGAUGCACUUCUUCGUCAAUGGGCAGAGGAAAAGACUGACGACGAACCGCUGGUCGUUGCCGUGGUUGGCGUCACGAAUUCAGGAAAGAGCUCGUUUAUUAACUCUCUCCUCCGCAAGGCCGUCCUUCCCACGUACAAGCUGGCCUCUGGGGCUCUGGACGGUCCUACGACUACCACGCACGCUCAGGAGGUGACGCUUGACCUUGAUGGGAAACAGAUCCGCUUGAUCGACACGCCGGGUCUCGCCUGGCAGUCUCCCGCAGAAGAGACAGAGGAAGAAUGGCAGCGACUCCGCGCGGGGGAUAUCCUCACGAGAAACCGAGGGCGGAUCGAUCGGUUAAAAGAUCCAGCACUUGUCGUGGCUAAAAUUGCGUCUCGUGCUGACCGCGAGGACCUGAUGCUAUUCUACAACCUUCCUGCCUUUACAGAGGGUGAUGGGAACGCCUUCCUCUCAGGCGUCGCUCGCUCGAAUGGUUUUAUUAAGAAGGGUAGCAUGCUCGACCUUGCGGGUGCUUCCCGCCUCAUUCUCCGCGAUUGGAGCACGGGCAAGUUCCCGCGCUACACCAUGGCCCCAUCGCCCUCCCCCACGUCGGUCGAGCCCCCCGCCUCCCUAGCUGACAUCCUCGCGCGCCUGCCCACCCGGAAGGAGAUGCGCAAGGCGGGAGGGAUCGUCAAGCUCAAGGCCGGAGAGUCGGAGAGCAGACGGGUCGUGUUGGAUGUUUCGUGGAUCGGGUCGAAUGACAGCGGGAACGGGAGCGGCGUAGAUGAAGAUGAGGGUGAGGAGGGUGAUGAACCGCUAGGUGAAGAUGCUAGCAUAGACGUUGAGGAGGAGAGUGGCGAUGAGGAAGAAGAAAGUGGCGAUGAGGACGACGACGAUGAAGAGGAGGACGAGAGUGAAGAGGACGAGGAGGCGAGACCAGCACUGAAAGGCAAGAGGAAACGUGCAGCGGCACCAGUACUCGCUCGACCGGCGAAGAAGGUCGCCUUCGCGCCUGAGCCGAAGGGAACGAAACAAGCACGCUCUGCUGCAGGUGGCCAAUCGCAUGCGGCCGCGCGCAAGGCAAGGACCCACACCCAGGCAGACGAUAUCCCCUCGACCAAACCAAAAGUCAAGGUGUCCCCAACACCGAAGGCAGCUCUAGCGGCAAAAGCCUCAAAGAAGGCAUCAAAUACCCCUGCCGUUAAGAAGGCCGCGAAUGCAGCAUCGAAGAAGACCGCAUCGACGAACGACGACGAGGAGGCUUAUGACUUCAAGAAGUUCUUCUAAGUCAGGCCUGAAGGCGGUCUAUCCAGUAUCGCUACUAUAUACAUGCAUCGCUAUAUAUACAUGCAUCGCUAUAUUACAUUGUGGGAGGUCAUGAUGUUCUAUUGCCAAUGUCUCUGUGUGUCUGGGUAUAGAUGAAAUGUGAGGGAGUGGCGGGGGAAUGAACCCAAAACGCUAUGAGACAAAACAAUCAUAAUGCGAGUGAGAUCGAGGACAUCAAGAAAUCGAGGGGAAUCCUGGGAAAUCAUGCAGCUACAGGAAUAAGGAUUACCGGUCAUGAGGCACGGAGAUGAAUGCAUGUCAAGAAGCCACGGAGAUGUCAGCAUGAUGUAAGCGGACAUAGCAGGCAGAGUUUAUGCGCCGCCGAUUUUGAUGACACACGUCCCGCCGUCCUUCAGCACGCCCCUUGGUCCGACCGCAUCGCGUCUGAAUACCUCCGGCGCACGCUCGAACGGGACCACGCGCUCAU